UUAGUGUCAUGUUUAUUAUUUUAUUCAAUUGUCGUCUGCUAGACUUUAAAACUUUUUAUGAAGAAUCUGAAAUUUCUUUGUUUUUAUAAUUCGAUAAACUUACUGCAUAUUUUUCCACAAAAAAAGUAUUAUCGGUUUCAAUUUAGUAUGGCUGAUGAAGAGAAAAAAUUUGAAAGCGUUGUUUUUAAACCAAUCGGGUACGCUUCCACAUGGUUUAAAUUUAAAAAUGCAACUCCACGACAGCCCUCCGUUUCUGCAUUGACGAGAGGUUCAAUUAAAAUAUCAACAGAAGUGUUUAGCCAACCCCAGCAUUCACUGAAAAAUCUUGCUGAGUUCUCUCAUGUCUGGAUUAUUUUUUUAUUUCACAAAAAUGGCCGCCCAUUCACUAAAACAAUGGUUGCGCCACCUCGACUAGGUGGUGCAAGAGUUGGCCUUUUCUCAACACGAUCACCUCAUCGGCCAAAUCCAAUUGGGCUUACUCUAGCCAAGUUAGAAAAAGUUGAGGGAGAUACUAUUCAUCUUUGUGGUUUGGACCUGUUAGAUGGUACACCUAUAAUAGAUAUUAAACCAUAUAUCACUUCCUAUGACUACCCACAAGACAUGAAAGAAACUGAUUCAGCAGUGUCUGAUUUGAAUUCAGCAGAGUCUGAUUUGAAUUCAGCAGAGUCUCAUUUGGAUUCAACAGGAUCUCAUCUAGAUUCAUCAUCAGUCCCACCUACCAUGAUAUCCAAUCCUGAAUGGAUCACAUUAGGUGGUUCAGAGAAAACUUUAAAUGUUGCUUUCACACAAGAUGCCCUUUCCCAAAUAAGACAAUUUUCACCUGAAGCGGAAGAUCCCGCUUAUCGACUGUCUUUUUUGAAAUCUCCCGAAGAGGCGCAAAAGGCCAUCGAAGACAUUUUGAGAGAAGAUCCCAGAUCAAUUUAUAGGAAGAUGAAGGGUCAAGAUCUUCUGUACUUCUGUGUAGUAGAUUGCAUGCACGUGACAACCUGGUUUGACGAAGUCAUAAAAAAAUGUGAAGUGUUAAGGGUCAUGCCUUACUCAGCAAGACAAGCUAUGAUCGAGGCAAACAAAAAGCAACAAUGGGACAAUAAUCUGGCAAAAAUUGAAGAUAAAAUGAAGGUGAUGUAAUAACGUGGGUUGUUAAUGAGAAUAAACGGUGCAAACACUA